AUGGGAGCAAGGACUCGUACCUCGAGGUCAGUCUCUCCCACCAGCCAGGCUCUUAGCGACGGGGGCCGUUCUCCCACAUCCGUAGCACCCAAGACACUGGCUCCUAGGCCGCCUUUGAGACCAAGAAAAUCAGUAAAAGAGCUCGAAGCCGAAUAUCACGAUUCCGACGAGGAAGUGCCCGAAGAUGCCGUCAUCUGGAAUGUUCCCAUCUCCCCACGCCCUCCCAUGCAAUCGACUCCCUCGAGUCCUACCAGAACCGUUUCUACCAAGAUAACCCCAGAACUCAAGCCGGUACACAGCAACGGAUCAGCGAAAGAAGAAGCUCCUCGUUCUGCCACACGGCCACCUAUGCCCCACAGCGCAACCAUUGCCGCAUUCCCUCCAGAUCCCGCCUCGCCCAGACUCCAACGUGGCAGAACUUGGAACGAAGACCUAAGCGAGGAAGCACGAGAAGUUGCCGCUGCUUUGGAAGAGCAUGCCGAGCGCGUAUCGCAAGAAAGACGUCGUUCCACCCGCAACAGCACCAAUGGAAGCCCUCCGCGCCCAUCGAUGAAGCUGAGAACGAAGACAAGCGUUAUGGAAUUGCCACCGCUGCAAAAAGGAAACGUUAUGAUUGACCCGCUGCCAAUCAGCAAGGAGAAAGAGGCUGUACUCACCAGGACACGUCCAUCGUGGCUUCCACCCAAAAGCAAAAAAGAGGAGAAGAAGCAUAUGAAGGAGUGGGAGAGGAUGAUGGCUGCAGCCGAGGCCGCCGAGAAGAAGCGUGUUGCUAGAGAAGCCGAAAAACAGCAACAACGCAGACACGUCGAAUCGAACAUUGCACGAAUUUGGGAACAACACGUUAUUCCCAAUUGGGAUGAUGUGGUCAAAGAACCAAGAACUCGCGAGCUUUGGUGGCGUGGUGUCACCCCUAGAGACAGAGGCACUGUCUGGAGCAAGGCUAUUGGUAACGAGCUAUCGCUUACCGAGACCUCAUAUGCCAACGCUCUCAAGCGCGCCCGCACUCUACAGUCUUCGGUCAACAAGCUCCCAGAAGAAGAGCGCUCUAAGCACGCCGAUGCAGCUUGGUUGGCUGCAAUCGCACGCGAUGUCCCAACCGUCUUCCCUGAACUCGGUAUCUUCGGUCCUGGUGCACCACUUCACUCCACCCUGGAAGAUGUGCUUCUUGCCUAUUCUGCCUACCGUAGUGAUGUGGGCUAUGUUUACGGUGUUCAUACGAUUGCAGGCCUUCUUGUGCUAAACAUGAGUGCAUCAGCUGCAUUCAUUGCUCUUGCAAACAUGCUGAACCGACCACUGGCUCUUGCUUUCCUGAUCAAUGAUCAAGCAACCGUCUCGCGCGUCUACUCCACUGUACUUUCUACGCUCAAGUACAAGAUGCCCCGCUUGCAUGAACACCUUACAAGCCCCGAGAUUGGCUUCAAGGGCCCUGAAGAAUGGCUGCACCCCUUCCUCGCUACGCUAGGCACGCAGAUCCUCAGUCCCGAUUCUUGCAGUCGUCUGUGGGAUAUUGCCGUCUUUGAAGGUGACAAGACGUUCAUCCGUGCGGCUGUUGGCGUGCUAGCACUGCUUGAGAGCAGACUAUAUGGACCCAGAGAGGAACUACUAUCUCUAAUUGGCUGGGGUGCUCGCCCGCUUGAUUUCGAGGAAGAACAAGUCAUUGUCGCCAUCCGCGAAGCUGGCAAGAUUUCUCCUCAUAAUUCGACUCCCGAUCUCACUGGCAACAAGCGAUAG